AUGGCCUCCACAAUAUCCUUCUCUCUUUUGUUCCUCUCCUUCACUUUCUUUCAUUUCCCACUAUUUUCAUCACAAUCAACCCAUCCAUUCCCCAAAGAAACCCUCCCCAGCAAGUAUGGUUACCUUCCAAUUAUACCCACUUCCACUUCUGCAAUUUUCUACGCCUUCUAUGAAGCCCAGAACUCAACUUUACCUCUCUCCCAAACCUCACUUCUCAUUUGGCUCCAAGGUGGCCCUGGCACCUCCUCCAUGUUUGGUAACUUCUACGAGCUUGGACCCUGGCUCGUCACUCAAUCUCUCACCCUUGAACCCAACCAUGGUGCCUGGAAUAGAAUUUGUGGCCUUCUUUUUCUCCACAGUCCCAUUGGAACUGGCUUCAGUGUGGCCUCAACUCCGGAAGAGAUCCCGAAAGAUAUAAACGGCGUAGCAAAGCAUCUUUUUGCUGCCAUAACCAGGUUUGUUCAACUUGAUCCUGUUUUCAAGCAUCGCCCUAUUUAUAUUGCUGGGGAAAGUUAUGCUGGCAAGUACAUACCUACAAUUGGGUACUAUAUAUUGGAGAAAAAUGCAAACUUGGAGGCUUCUGAAAGAGUGAAUUUGGCUGGUGUGGCUAUUGGGAAUGGGAUGAUUGACCCCGAAACUGAAUCGGCUACUCAUGCUGUGCAUGCUUAUUAUGCUGGAUUUAUCAACGAGAGACAGAAGAAUGAGUUGGAAAAAGCUCAAUUGAAGGCAGUUGGGUUGACCCAAAUGAAAAAUUGGAAUGAAGCAGCAGAUGCGAGAGGCAAAGUAAUGGAAAUGUUGCAGAACAUGACAGGGUUGGCUACUUUGCUUGACUAUACAAGGAAGGCCCAGUAA